AUGAGCGGCACAGGAGCGCGACUGUGGAACAUUGCCGAGACAACCUAUGUUGUUAAAAGGAGGACUGAAACCGGCGAAAAGGUUGUUAAUAAUUAUCGUUUGCUUCAGACAAUAGGACAAGGACGUUUUAGCAAGGUAAAGCUAUGUGAGCGGCUUGUAAAUAGCGGUGUUGCAGACGCUGCCAACGGAUGGGCAGAUGGUAAUAGUGCAGUUGUUUCGCUACCAUUGCCAGCUUUUGCACCGCCCAAGGCAAGCUUGUUUGCCAUGAAGAUUUAUUCCAAGAAGAUGUUACGUCGGCUCAAAGACUAUUGCACAGAGAAGCCGCUUGGAAGAGAUACUGACACGGACUUAGAUGCAGUACCAAUAAAAAUGCGGACAGUUACAGCAUUGGACCGCGUACGUGAUGAAAUUCAAAUUAUGCGCUCGCUAUAUCAUCGCAACAUUGUGCUAUUAUACGAAGUCAUUGAAGCCGACAACAGCGACAAGCUUUUUUUGGUGCUCGAGUACAUGGCAUCCGGUCCUUGUAUGGUAUAUCGAGCAGAUAGAAAGGAUUUCUACAGUCGUGUUACGGGAAGUGUUUUAUCAGAAGAUCUUGCACGAAGCUACCUGUCCGACAUAUUGCUUGGUCUGCAAUAUUUACAUCUACGACGAGUUUGCCACCGCGAUAUCAAACCAGACAAUAUUUUAGUGAGCGGUUCAGGACGCUGUCACAUGUCUGAUUUUAAUUGCGCUAAAGUAUUUUGCGGCGGUCCAACGGGUGGCUUUGCUGGAGAUGACGAUGACAACGCCGCAGAUCAAGUGUUUGUAUCCGAUACUGUUGGAACGUACCAAUUUCUGGCUCCAGAGUGUUGCUCUGGUGAUCCAUACAAUCCUUUUAAGGCGGAUAUAUGGGCUGUGGGUGUCGUUUUCUAUAUUUUUCUGUCUGGAAGACUACCCUUUGCGUCGGAGAGUACACGGGGACUUUUCGAAGAGAUUCUUCACGCUGAUAUCUUGCUGCCUGAACGAUGUGGUCGCGAGCUUCCACUUAGUUGUGAGGGCUCAAAUUUGCUGUUUCGUUUGCUUGAGAAAUAUCCAGCGAAUCGAAUCACAAUCGAAGACGCACUUAGUCAUCCAUGGUUUGUUCAGAUCGAGGAAGACGAACAACCAUUGUCAUUUUGA